AUGCGGUGUUGUUUGCGCAAUCUAGCAGUCAUUUCAGGUAUGUUCUUCAUAUACGGCAAAACGACCCUCUUGCUUACAUUUGGUAUCGACUCGGUGUUUGUAGGUUUGUGGUUUAGACAUCUGCGGAUGAAGCUGCGUGGGUAUCCAUUGCGCUCAAACGAAUCGAAUAGAUGUUUCUCUUCUUCCCGUUUGGCUUCCGCUGUACUGCAGU